GCCCAUCCAUCAUCGAUUCCGGGUUCGAUUGCGUCAGACCUGCUCGCCGACGUUUCUUCUCUCGAUUGCUUCUGCCUGUUGAACAAACAUGGCGGCCACUCCGACCACGAAUCCCUCUCAGUUGCUCCCACUUGAGCUCGUGGACAAAUGUAUCGGCUCCCGGAUUCACAUCGUCAUGAAAACCGACAAAGAGAUCGUCGGCACCCUGCUGGGUUUCGACGACUUUGUCAACAUGGUCCUAGAAGAUGUGACAGAAUUUGAAAUCACACCGGAGGGACGGAGGAUAACCAAACUGGACCAGAUCCUCCUCAACGGCAACAACAUCACCAUGCUCAUACCUGGAGGAGAAGGUCCCGAAGUAUGAGACGAAGAAUAGUCAUCGGAGGCCCAGAGUUUUUGAGUUGUUUUCCUUUUUUUUUUUAAUGUGUUCCUGAGUUUGUAAAAUCAUCAUCAUUGUUUUCGAAUCAUUCCUUCUUGGUCUUGAGCGAGGAAGAUAUUUUUGUAAGAUUCCCCAAUUGAGUAUUUGAUAUGGAGGAACUGCUUUACUCCUCCACAGGUUAAAUUAGAACUGAAUCACGCAUGACAAAAAAUGUUUUUCUUUUUUACAAAUAAAUAAGAAUCACUUAAACAUGA